CAAGCCUUACUAACAUAGAGCACACAAGGGACCUGUGUAACGCUUGUACGAACUUUGUAUCAGUAUUCUGCUCUCGUUUUGCGUUAUGCCAUAUAGGGUGAUGCAAGCCUAAGAAGAAGCGGACGUUUGGACAUUUACUCCACUAUUUCGAACUGUACGUACGGGUAUGCCCGGACUGUAUGAGUCCCAUUGCGGCACGUACACGCAUAACGGUGCUAAGUAGGGGCUUCGUAGGACUUCGCACUGUGUUUCAAGCCUGCCUGGCGACUACCAAUCGAAUCGUUGAGCUCCUGAAUAUUCGAUUUUUCUUCCCACCACUCGUAUAAGUAAUGGAGCGUGACAUCGUGGAUGUAGAACUGUCGUCAAUCUAGACUUCACUCAUUGCGUGCGCUGUUGGAGUAGACUUUUAUUAUCAGAUACAGGAUCAAAACAUCAGCUCGUGUGGCUAGUCAAUAGAUCGUCUUCGUAGUACGUGUACGGACAGCAAGCGGGCACGAUGUCAGGAAACUACGGGGAGGUGUUCAACUACACCUGGGAGUACUACGAAGUCGACUGGGCACUGUUGUCGACAUUCGGCGUGUUCACUGCCCUGCUGAAUUUCUUCUCCAUUGGUAUAAACAUCGUGUUGGUGACUACGUUUGUCCGGUGUAAGGUGCUACACCGUGCUAAUAACGUGUUUAUAGGACACCUGGCCGUUAGUGACUGUCUGGUGGCGUUGUCUAGAGGGCCGGCCGAUGUAGUGGUCUUCGCGCUCGGUGGACGUUACGACAGGAUGAUUGUAUGCGAAUGGUGCUCGUUCUUCUCUACUCUCUUCACCGGCGUGUCUAUAUGUACAAUGGGCAUGAUAGCCUAUCAGCGCUACAAUAGCAUCGUACGACCCAAGGACAACUGCCUCAACAGCGUCAAGCGAGCCUUCAUGGCCAUCCCUGGGAUAUGGCUCUUCGGUUUAAUGAGCGCCAUCCCUCCUCUAGCAACGUGGAAUAUGGCGGACCAUAACAACUCCAUUGACGGCUACUAUAUCCCAGUGUGUUCUGUAACACCGGUUCCACGGACGUACACGUUUGCAGUUUACGUAGCCAUCGUUGCUCUCUUCGUUCCCUUCGUGGCCAUGCUCGUAUUCUACUUCUUGAUAUACUGGGCCGUGCUCAUGCACGGUAAGAAACUGGACAAGAACAUCAAAGCUGUGCGAAAGAAGAAGAACAAGUAUGCGAGAGUGGAAGGCAAAACGUGUAUUCUGAUGUGCAUGGUUGUGAUAACGUUUUCAUUGACUUGGUUGACUUCUGGAGUUCUUACUUUCUCAGCGUCGCUUGUAGAAAAUCACCAACCAGAAUUCAUGCUCUCUACUGGUUUGUUGAGUGCUUUGGCGACAGUUUGCGACCCUUUGGUCUACGUUUUUCAGAACCAGCUUUUCCGGUUGUGCGUCAAGCAUAUCGUCCUUUUGAAGGGUCCUGUGAAUGACAAGGCUUAUCUUAGAAUAGAGACGGCUGCGAACAAAACCGUGGCGGGCCCGUUUACCACAACGACGAACACGUCAAAUCGCAGACGACGCUAUCCUCCAGGAGAACACCCCAUCACGAAGGGUCUCCCACCGGCGUUUACCGUAGAAGAGCCGACGGAAGUGAAGGAUGAGGCCGACGGUAAGCCGGAGUUGGCGAGGACGGACUCGUGGGGAAGGAAAGGGUCCCUGCCGCCGGUGGACCCCAUCAAAGAACCCGAGCUGUUCGCGGAGAUACAAAGACGGAGGUGGAGCACGCGGCGACUCUCUGUGGUCAUCUUAGGUGAGCGUAUAGACGAAGACGACCCAACCAGCUUCGACAGCAGUUGCGAGGGCAGUUUCCGCAGUGGAGACCGGAACGGCCAUCGGGCUCUCCACCGCAUCUCCGAGACCUCCAACAGCGGCGUAGAGGCGACCAUCCCCGCCCAGAAACAACCUCGGAGCCGGCGCGGACCUAGGAAGCCGCACCGCUUCUCCGUUGGGGUGCCGUACUUUCACCGCCACACGGCUGGGAGGUUUGACGCCGAACAGAGACAGUCGGGGUACAUCAGUGACUUCGCCCGGAGAUGUAGCAUCGGACGCCGCCCGUCCUACGAAGUCAGUAUCGAACUAAACGUCACUCCCUUCGACUUGAAAACCAAAGAGAAACAAAUGGCGACUAACGAAGAGGAGAUCUGA